GUAACACCAAUGUGACGUUCCAUUUACGUGAGCUUAAAUUAAGAUCUAGACGUGCUAGUAGGCUACGGAGGACGGAAGACGUUUUCGGCGUAUUCCUUUAAUGUGCAGACUCAAACCCAUCCCAUCCGCAGCACAACGGAAAACUGUCUGGGACUGGGAGCCGUGGCAAGUGGACAGCAGGUGAGAAAUGACGUCCGUCUGACUCGAGCGAAAAAGAUGGGUUCAGCGUGAUUAGACAGCUUAGACUUGUGUUCACUAUCUAUCCAGUCGAAGUUUUGAAAGGGCGUGUGAUUGUCGACCAAUUCUACGGAUGACAGUCGUCGCUAAUAUGGGCUCAAGAAACAUUAUAGAGAAGCAGACGCUCCAAUAACAGAAACAUUGAAACUUUGAAACAUAAACAUCCACAUAGAGAGAUGGCAAGUGAUGACCGGGUGGCCAUCUUGACGGAUGACGAGGAGGAUCAGAAGAGGAAGUACGUCCUGGCGGAACCCUUCAACACCCUCUCGAACACCUUGGAUCAGAUAGUGGCAGGCACGACGCCCUCCUCAGCCUCACAAGUUUCUGCGUCUCCCCCCUCAGAUCCACCUGGCUCCCCCUCCCCUGCUCCUAGCAGUGACUGCCUGGACAGGAAUUGCGUGCGUAUCAACAACCACCUCCUCGUCUCCAAGGUCUUUUACUUCUUCUUCUAUGCUGCCUAUGGGUCCCUCCACCCACUCCUUCCCGUCUACUUCAAGCAACUGGGGAUGAAUGCCAGCCAGAGCGGCCUUCUGGUCGGGAUACGGUACUUCAUCGAGUUUUGUAGCGCCCCCUUUUGGGGGAUGGUGGCAGACCGCUUCAAGAAGGGAAAAGUGGUGCUGAUCUUUUCUGUGUUCUGCUGGCUGGUGUUCAACUGUGGUAUUGGCUUCAUUAAGCCGGCGUCCAUGACGUGUGUGGAGAUGAAACCCACAGGUGGCCCACCCACCAGCCCCUCCCACCUCAAUCAGUCAGCCAAUCACAGCAGGAACCACAGGAGUGCUAUUGUUGAAUUGUUUUCACUUCCUGUGAACUUGAGCUCGGCGUCAGACUCGAGCAGCGGUCCGCUACGCAGGCAUGUGAGGAGCGAUGGUGUUAAUGUCACAGGACCUUCGAUUUCCCUAUCCAGCAGUACAACAUCCCUCCCCUCCUUCACCAACAAAACAACCAUAUUAACAUCAACAUCAACAACAACGACAGCUUCCUCAAAACCCAACGUAACUGUAGCCACGGCCAAACCAACCACCACUACUGCCGUUCACAAAGCCUACAACAUAAUUUCCAACCGCGAUCAGGUGCAAACCAUCUUCCUGCUGAUUCUACUGGUCAUCAUCAUUGGCGAGUUCUUCAGCGCUCCGGCUGUGACCAUUGUGGACACGCGCACCCUGCAGUACCUGGGCCCCCACCGGGACCGCUACGGUCUGCAGAGGAUGUGGGGCUCCUUGGGGUGGGGUCUGGCCAUGCUCUGCGUGGGCAUCUGGAUUGACCACACCCACAUCAAGGUCUUCAUCGAGGGCACCGGCUGCGUCCUGCCCGACUAUAAGAAUUACCAGAUAGCGUUUAUUGUCUUUGGAGUGUUAAUGGCUGUGGCGCUGGUGGUGUCUACUCAGUUCUACUUUGAGGGAAAUCCUAGUGACCCCGGGACUGUGGUGGCCCGCGCGGAGCAGGACAAGAGAGGGGAGGCGGGGGGGUCUCCUCAGACGUCCAGCGCGGUUUCAUCUACUGAGCAGCACACGGUGGAAUCGUUAGAAUCACAAAGUUCAGUCAGCCCGCAGUUCCUUUAUCGGGACCUGCUCCGGCUGUUGUGUGGAGUUCAGUACGGCUCGGUGCUCUUUGUGGCCUGGUUCAUGGGGUUUGGCUACGGCUUUGUGUUCACGUUUCUGUACUGGCACCUGGAGGACCUGAAGGGGACCACCACGCUGUUCGGAAUCUGCUCGGUGUUGAGCCACGUCUCGGAGGUGAUCGCAUACUUCACCAGCCACAAGCUCAUCGAGCUGGUUGGCCAUAUAAGGGUGCUAUACAUCGGACUGGCCUGCAACACGGCACGCUACCUCUACAUCUCCUACCUGCAGAACGCCUGGAUUGUCCUGCCCAUGGAGAUCCUUCAAGGCUUGACCCAUGCUUCGGUGUGGGCGGCCUGUAUCUCCUACCUGAGUGCUGCCGUGCCCCCGGAGCUGCGGACCUCUGCCCAGGGCAUCCUCCAGGGGCUGCACCUGGGUCUGGGCCGGGGAUGUGGGGCCAUGGUCGGGGGUGUCUUCGUCAACUUCUUCGGAGCGGCCCACACCUUCAGAGGGAUAGGAAUGGCCUCCCUUGUCAUUCUUCUCCUCUUCGCUCUCAUCCAGUGGCUUGCUGUCCCAACGAGGGAUAAAGAUUCUCCAAUGCUGGCAGAGAACAUCCCAGUUCCCUCUAGCCCCGUUCCCAUUGCGACCAUCAACAUUGUCCAGUCAGACAACGCCAUCACCACGGCGCAGCCACAGAGGAAGACCAAGCACCAGGAGGAGCUGGAGGAUGGGAGCAAGCCUGCCUGGGUGGUGUCGGCCUCGCCCUGGGUCACCCUGGCCUUCGCCCUCCAGCAGAUCAGAGAGGUGUCCCGCCUGAAUCGGAGCAGCCCUGACAACAACCACCAACAAAUGCAGGAGAUAAGUGAUAUUGGCACCGGUGAGGAGACGGCGGAAACCUCCCCACCUGCCCCCAGCAGUUCUCCCCAGACUGGACCCUGUCAGGGGGUACCUUCCCUCUCCCUACCUGCCCAGGACCCCCCCGUACCUGCUGACCAACCACCACCCUCAACAGGUCACACCGAGUAGGGGUGACCUGUUGCAGGUUAAAACACUGCACAUGUGCAGGUUAAAACACUGCACAUUGAGGAACCGCUCUAACUGUUCCUCCGACACCACCAACCCAGAUGGAGACGAGAGUUUGCCGAUUCACACACACAGCCCGGAGGUCCAGUUGAAAGGCUGAAGAGUUUGUGUUUGAGCGGCGAACUGAAGAGGAAUACAGGCAAAAGUGAAGGCACCUGAACGUUUCCUCUUAUCACACAGAACCUGACCAGUGUCUUCAGCGAAUCUGGGGAAAGGCUCUGUGUGUCUCCUGUUACUGUCAUGUAAAUCUGGGUAGUGGGUUGUUGAUGUACGGCUCUGUUUGUCUCACUGGACCUGAGCCGUGGUGCUGGUUGCUCCCACACACAGGCAGAAGUAAAUAGCUGUGUGUGUGUAGGUGUGCAUGCGUGCGUGCAUGUGUGCGCGUGUGUGUAAGUAAAGCCUGCUUUGCGGGAUGUGGACAGGGUCAGUAGGGUUUCCGAAUCUUUAAACUUUAUAGGCAAAGGUGAAACAUUUUACGAUUAGACCUGAUAAACGAUUAUUCUACAAGUUACAAUUAAAUCAAAUAUUUGCAACCUUGUGGUCACUUUCAUAAUUGGAAUGCUAUUUCUAGCUCAUAGGAACCCGCAAAUUACCAUGUGUUUUAAAUUAGAGUAAAUAAGAGUCACUACUCAAACCCAGACAAAAAUACUAAUUUAGUAAAAGCUUAUUUUUCCAGGGUUGAUUAAGAACACAUUCUUAUUUCCAAGCAAUAGACUGGGAGUCAUUUGGGUUAACUGCUUGCUUAAGGACACAUUGUCUAGCGACCUGAUCGGAUUCUCUAAAACACGGGUGUCAAACCGGUUCCACAGAGGGCCCGGUGUAUACUGGGAUACUGGGUUCAGUCUUCUCCUUUAAGUUGUGAGAUUAUUGGUUCCCGGUUAAGACCUAAACAACUAGGUAUGGGUGGAACCUAACCAAUUAGAGAUCUAAUUAAGUACAAGGACAGCGGAAAAUCUGCAGCCACCUGUGCUCUAAUCCCUUGUCUACCCCCUAGAAAACCCUCAGGAUGUUGAUACUCGGCACUUUAGUAACCCUUAAGGUGGUGACCUUAUUGGGUUACAAAAUAAGAAUUGACUACAAAACAUUAAUGAGAACUAGGGUGUGAAAUAUCUGGUGCAUAUAGGCCCAAGGACUCAGUGUUUCUGCAAAGGUGCAGAUAUAUAUUUGUACUUGGAUGUACAUAAGCUAUACUACUGAAUGUUCCACAACACUUUGCCCUCCUCCCACAGCCCUGUUUUUACAUCUGAUGUUGACCAUGUCGGGUCUACCCAUCUACUGUACGGCACCACUGGAUUUAAAAAAUAGAAGGUUGAAUGACAUCCUGUCAUCUGAUAAGAUAUGAACUGGGCCUUCAGGGUUUGAAAUGUCUAAAUAAUGUCAUGAAUUCUAGAGAUAUAUUCAGAAUAUAUGCAUGCUUCUCAGUAUGCAAGUGUCCAAGAUAUGAAAACAAAUUCAAACAUUUUGCUACAAUUGUCUUUGGACCAUAUAAGCCUAUAUCUUCAAUUACUC